GUUGUACGUGCUACUAGCUUUGGUUUCCGGUCGAUAAAGUGUAACUAUCGUUAGCGACUGGUGUAUGUGCAGGUCCGGGAAGCCUCUUGAAGCCGCUUUACGAAUCGGGAUCAUGCAGAUUUGCUGAGUUCCUGCGAUCGUAAGCGUGUGGAAGUCUGUGGCCUCUGCGUAACUGACGAUGGCCGAUGGAGCGGAUGAAGAAGAAGUUAUCCAUUUGGCUAGUUUCCAUACGCACCGUGGACAGGAUGGCAAGGCCAAGUUCGACACUUCUAUUACCAUAUCUGACGAUUCGGAUGAUGAGCUGCUUACAUUUGCCACAAAUCACACGAUUCAAAGUAAAUCGGAGGCUGAGGACGAGGAUGAGGAGGAAGAUGUGGUGAUAUUGGAGCCUCAAGCCCCCCUCCGCCCCAGUGUCAUUCGUCCUGCUGCUCCUUGGGGCAGGGUGCGCUCUCAGAGGUCGCGGCCAGCGGACGGGAAGGAUAAGGCCUCUGCCGAAUCCAAGGCGCAGUCCUCCAAUCACCAUGCACAGCCUGAGCACAGACGCAACACCCUCAGUGUCUUAAUUGAAGACCGGAAUGCUGCACCUUCCACGUCCAACGCACGACUCACUCCGGGACCCGACCCGGUUCCUGCGAGUGGAGCGGCGCCGGAGGAGGAGAACCCGACAUCCUCCGGGCAUCACGCCGAUCCACACGGGGAAGUCCUCGGUGUAGCAGCACCCGAGUCAAUUGGCCCCCUCGGGGCGGAACUCGAAUCUGUAGCAGACAGCCAGCCGAGGCCUGGCAGAUCUUUGGACAUCGCAGCAGCCCCAUCUCAGGAACGCCCCGCGGAGCCGCCGCAGGUGGGGCAGACCCCUGCCACCCCACCCUCACUGCUACACCCUGCAUCAGAUGCCGCUGAAGCAGCCACCCAGCAGGACGCCUUACCAGAGCCUGCCAUGGUGCAUCCUCUAGGGGCAGAAGCGAGGCCUGAGGACGAGAGGCCUGGCCCAUCCGCUGCUAACAAGGAUCAUGGACUUUGGUAUGACCAGGAGACCCUGAGCACUCUGGUGAAGGGAGUGAUGGACCUCUUCCCGGAUGUAGAGGAAGCCUUUAUAGCAGAUUUGAUAAGGAGACAUGACUUGAAAGAUUUAAAUUUAAUUUGCAACUUUUUGUUAGAGAACCCUGAAUAUCCAAAGAACGAGAGGAUUUCUGUGUUGAAUCAGCACACCAGUAUUCUUCUAGAAGCAAAUGAUAAUGAAAUGCAGGAAAAAGAGAAUUAUUUUGAGUUCUCCAAGCUGGGCACGGUUGAUCACCGCGUCCUCCUGCAAGCCGCAGACCUUCUCAUGGGGGAUUUUAAGAUGCUGAGCAGCCUGGACAUAAAAUGGGCUCUGAAUUCCCUUAAAGGACACUAUGCAAUCACUCGCAAGGCCUUAUCUGGUGCCCUAAAGAAGUGGCGUGAGCAUUCCGCUGAACCAUCGGGGAAGAAGAGGAGGAGGAAAGAAAUGAACCAGUUCUCGUAUAUAGAUUUCAAGUUUGAGCAAGGUUCCACAAAGUUGGAACGGCGCAUGUUCUUCCUGGAAAACAAGAGGAGGUACUGGAGAUCCUAUGACAAGAAGUCGCUCCACCCGAGUUUGCAGAAAGAAAUAAAGUUCUACGAGCAGAAAGCCAAAGAGAUGGCUGAGCACGAAGACUUCCUCUUAGCUCUGCAAAUGAAUGAAGAGCAGUAUCAAAAGGAUGGCCAGCUGAUUGAGUGCCGCUGUUGCUAUGGCGAGUUCGCCUUCGAGGACCUGACGCAGUGUACCGACGGGCAUCUCUUCUGCAAGGAGUGCUUGGUGAAGUACGCUCAGGAGGCCGUGUUCGGUUCGGGCCGGUCGGAGCUGAGCUGCAUGGACGGGAGCUGCACGUGCAUGUUCCCUACCAGCGAGCUGGAGAAGGUUCUCCCGGAGAACAUCCUGUACAAGUACUACGAGCGGCAGGCCGAGGAGGCCGUGGCCGCCACCUGCGCAGACGAGCUUGUCAGGUGUCCAUUCUGCAACUUCCCAGCUCUGCUAGACAAGGGAAUCUCUCUCUUCAGCUGCCCGAACCCCCGCUGCAGGAAGGAAACCUGCAGGAACUGCCACGUUCUGUGGAAGGACCACGUGGACAAGACCUGCGAGGAGGUGCAGGAGAGGGAUGAGAUCCGGCUUAGGGUCACUUUCGAGGAGAAGAUGACGGCCGCCCGUGUCAGGAAGUGUCACAAAUGUGGCAUGGGGCUGGUCAAGUCCGAGGGCUGCAACCGCAUGUCGUGCCGCUGCGGGGCCUUCAUGUGCUACCUCUGCAGAGAGCCCAUCAAUGGCUACAACCACUUCUGCCAGCACGCCCGCUCCCCCGGGGCUCAGUGCCGGCACUGCAAGAAGUGCUCCCUGUGGACGGACCCGACGCAAGAUGAUGAGCGCAUCAUCCAGGAGAUUCAGAGAGAGGCUGAAGCUGAGCUGCAGAAGAAGAACUCCGACAACAAAGGGAAGCGCGUGGGCCCUCCCUCAGAACCCAUCCCAGACAAGAUUCCUCGCCUUGCUCCUCCAGUCAUGCCAGUGCAUCUGGAGCCCCCGCUGCCGGCAGGAGGCCCCCCUCACGGCCACCACCCGGGGCUGCUGGUGCCCCCUCAGAUCAUGCUGCCUCGCCUGCCCCCCCAGCCCCUCCACGUGCAGCCCAUCCCCGCCCCCUAUGUGCCGCCACUGCCCAACCUGCCCCUCAACUAUGAGCUCCCCAACAUAAACCUGGACUUCAACAUGCCUAUGCACUACGGACCUCAUCACCGCUUUUUCAGGCCCCUCUGAGAACCCCGUCUGCCCACAGGGGCACAACACGCCAAGUUGGACUUUUUUUUUGGUUUGUUUUUUAACCGGCACACACCCGUGCUGCCCGUCAUUUAUCUUGCUUUUAAAGUUUACAGGAUGAGUACAUUGGUCCUAGCAGAAGUGCUUUAAGCGUAACCUCUUGUCCUCCGUCCUCGCAGUUGUAGUAAUGCGUUGACUUGCCAAACCCGCUGCUGGCACGUUCGGACUCGGCUCAGUGUUAGUAACCAUGUCUCACGUGUUCUACGCCGACUCCAGAGGAGCGCAAUCCACCAGUGCCGUUCCAUGUCGUGUUCCUUGAGCGCAAUCCACCAGUGCCGUUUCUCUCGAGUACCUUUUGUCAAAGUUGAGCGUGGGCGGUCCUGAUGCGGCCGUGUUAGCAGUCUUCCCUUGGACGCUGGGAGCGAAGGCUCGUGCUACCGUGACGAUGAGCACGUCAGGGGUGCCGUGUUCCAGAGGCUGGGCCACAGCUUAUGACCAAUGUGAUGUUCAGCACCUGGUCUUGCCCGCCAUGCGGACGAUCCUGGGUCCCGACUCUCCAUUUUUGCCCUUCUGUCAGGGGAGAUCCAGGGAAUGUGGGAAAUGUGACAGCCUUUGGCUUGGUAUUUUCAGAAGGGGGAAAGACUCACUCCUGAAGACUUUAAUCCUCGUUGAGUGCCUGCAGAUUUUUAGACCUUCUUUGCAGUUACAGAUAAAGAGCACAAGAUGUAUAAUUAUAUACACUGUUUAGAAGGCAGAUCUUACAGUAAUGGAAAGCACGAACGAUUUAUGUUAAAGGAGUAAAUGUUUAAUAAAGUUGUACUGAAUAAAUAAAUACAAAAUAUGUUUAAAAA